CGAUCCAGAAAUAAGUUCUAAAGAUUUAAGCCUCAUAGGAGGGAUGGAGGUCUCGCAUACAAUCCAGCACCUGUUUAAAUCCUAACUGCAUUGCACAAUAUGUACCAACCUUCAAAUGCUGCUGCGUUCACUGAAUAAGAGAUGUGUGGGGAAAAUAGCGGCCCAUUUGAUCUGGAGUUUACUGGGGAUGCUGCGCCUCUAAUUGCUCUCUCCCACCUCAGACACUCGACGCUAACAACUCCCCCUCCCCCCGGCACUGCAGCACUUUCUCCAUUUGAAACAUUAACCUCAGCACCCUGCUGACACGCGUCACGACAAGAGAGCAGACGGAUGACAUCCUGGCGUACUCGUGUUGAGGCAACUCCCACAAUGACUGUUAUCAGAUCAGCAACCCUUAUCUCGGGUUAUGUGCUAGCGGGACAGCGAUCCGAGCAUUCGGUUCGGACGACACAAAACUGAAACAAAGCCUCGCAUUUCGACGCCCAAUGAAACACAGCCGUUCCAGCCGAGCGUAUAAGUAACACAGAGCCUCCGGGCUGCAGGGGGCGCCGGAGAGAUCCUGGGAAAUAUCUCGGAAGUCAAUACCACGUGAAGGAUGUUUGACUUGUUUUCACCGGUGCGCUGCUGUGCAGGCACACAAAUGUGUCGGUCUGUUUUUAUUUAAGACAUUAUGGGAAACGUGGAGGUGUUUUAUUGUGACGUUAUGCGAUAACUUGCCGCCACUAUGCCAGCAACAAACAGAAAAGCGCAGAAGAAGGGGAGGGACACCGCCGUACAGGGAACCAAUGACAGCAGUGUGGUGAGCAAAGUGUCUGCUGCAGCACAGGGCUACUUCAAAGAUGCCUUCCUUCAACACUUUGUGUACAAAGUGGCCAGGAGAGCGCCGCUCAUCAACAGGGGCUAUUAUGUGCGCUGGAAAGCUGUGGACCACUGUGUGAGGAAAUUCCUUCAGAUUACAGAAAAAUGCCCUGAAAGACAGAUCUUGUCUUUGGGUGCGGGCUUCGACUCUUUGUAUUUCCGCCUACGUGGAGAUGGAGCUCUGAGCGGGGCUGUUGUGUUUGAGGUAGAUUUUCCUGAUGUCUCUCAGCGCAAGGCUGCCCUCAUCACUUCUAAUAUAACACUAAGGGGGAUGAUAGACUCCCAGUCACCGUCACUUACAGGACCUGUUUAUGUGUCCAGCAGUCAGUACCGUCUGUUAGGAGUGGAUGUUAGAGAGGAGUCCAAGGUGGAAGAGGCUCUGCGUGUAGCUGGGCUGGACUGGGCUGCCCCUACCCUGAUUCUUUCUGAAGUGGUGCUCACCUACAUGGAAACACAAUGGUCUGAUGCCAUCAUUGGUUGGGCAGCAAAACUCCUGCCACAGUCUCUCUUUGUUAUGUAUGAGCAGAUCCAUCCGCACGAUCCCUUUGGUCAGAUCAUGCAGGAGCAUUUCCAGAAACUCAAUUCAACUCUGCAUGCACUUCAACAAUACCCAGACACCGCCGCACAAAGGCACCGCUUCCUGGACAAGGGCUGGGAGGAGUGUGUGUGCCUGGAUAUGAAUAAUUUCCUCUUCGGGCUGGUCCCUGAGGAGGAGAGAUGCAGAUUGGAGAGCCUGGAGCCUUUUGAUGAAUAUGAGGAGUGGCACCAGAAAUGUUCCCAUUACUUCAUCCUUACUGCAUCUCGAGGCUCUUUGAUAGCACAGGCUUUACUCCCUCGAGCUCCAGAAUCUCCUGUGCCAUCUGUUGGCCCUUCUUGGAGCACAACAGCCCUGAGUGUUCGGACCACACCGGUAUGUGUGGAGGGGCUGGGAAUGGCUUCUGUGUCAGUGAGGCCAGGGUGGGUCCUGCUAACAGGAGGCUCCAGCAGAGGAGGCAGAGGAGCAGCGAUCAGACUCCUGCUCAGAGAACAGGAAGGCUGGAGGUCUGUCAGUGUGGAGCCAUCAGCAGAUAUUGGUGUGCGACUCUACCACACAGUUACCCCUAUACCUGGAGUGGGUGCUGUGGUAUUUGGAGGUCGCUCCUCUCCACUCAACCCGGUCAGAAGCCUUUUCAAAAUGACCUUUAGCCUCUGUGGUGCACCUGGUGCUCUGGAGUCAGGGGGCCAAGAUGCACCGAAGCUUUGUAUGGAGGAGAUGAUGUGUACAGGCAGUCCACCACCGCCAAGAUGGAGGCACUCUGCUACCCUAACCAGACACAGAGGCAGAGAGUUUGUGUUUGUGUUUGGUGGAAAGAACCAAUCAGGGGCCGUUUUGGGUGACGGAUACUUCCUGAGUGUCGACCAGCAGCACUGGACUGAGAUCCCAGUAGAGGGCGUAGCACCAGAGGCUCGUCACUCUCACUCUGCAUGCUCAUAUAAAGGUGGUGGUGUGGUGUUUGGAGGGCUGAGCAGAGCAGGAGUGCCCCUGGGUGACACGGUAAUCCUGACACCAACUGAAAGAGGCUUCUGCUGGGAGAGAAUAGAUGUGCGGCCCCCUCCUGUACCCAGAUACUCUCACUGUGCCCAUGUGAGUGGUGAGAAGCUGGUUGUGGUAGGUGGAGUCUGGCUGCAUUCAGACGGCGUGCCAGGCGUUGUUGUGAUCAACAUCACCACGUGCAGCAGCAUGGAGUACAGUCUGGACACGACCUCAGUGCCCUGGCCUCUGAUGCUCCACUCAUUUUGCUCUGAGGUGACGGACUCAGAAGAUCCAGAGCUGCUCUUGAUAGGUGGAGGAGGCAACUGUUUCUCUUUUGGGACUCACUGGAACCCUCAGCCUGUCACUGUGGACCUCAAACUCAUGCUGGGCUGAAUCAGCCUUGAGUAUUUCCAAAAUAAAGUACCAAAGGGUGGACUUAUGUCAAGUCUGUUGAAGGGUCCAGACAAGUGCCUGCUUCCUACUGUAAUUUUCAUAAUUAUAUAAGAAAACCUCUCAUAUUGACCGAGCAGUAACCUCCAGGGUGCCGAAGCAGAAGUGCCCGAAACUGUAGUUCCUCUAGUGGCCACUCGAGGCAGAGACUCCCAUAUUAUAAUGUUCAACUUUACAGCAGAAAUAAACAUUUCUACAACCUGUUCCAGAGAUAUGUUUUGUCUUUAUAACUUAUUUCUUCCUUUAACUAUACAGACCCCUUAUAUAAUUUAAGGGGUUUCAAGGCUGUGGCUGUGACUGACUUGCCCAUAGCUGCUAGCUGUCAGCCCAACUAAUUCCAGUCUUUGCCUUGAGAAGCCUUUUCAGUGCACUUAUACUUGAAAGUGGACUUCUGUCAAGUCUUUAUCCUGUCUUCCUUCUCUCACCCCAACUGGUCGCAGCAGAUGGCCCCGCCCCUCCCUGAGCCUGGUUCUGCCGGAGGUUUCUUCCUGUUAAAAGGGAGUUUUUCCUUCCCACUGUCGCCAAAGUGCUUGCUCA